AUGCUUUCUCGCUCUAUCCUUGCUAGACCUCGUUUGGAAUUGUCAUUUAAGGCGCUGAACCAUGAAACUAGGCGACUAGCGUCAACAAAGUCCUUAAAAGAUACAAUAGCAGAGGUCAUUCCUUCCAAGCAGGCUCAUUUAAAACGGCUCAAAGAGCAACAUGCUGAUACUCUGAUCGGCGACGUAAAGGUCGCCAACGUUCUUGGGGGUAUGCGCGGCCUUCGUGCUAUGCUUUGGGAUUCGUCCGUCUUAGAUCCGGAAGAGGGUAUCCGAUUUCAUGGUCUUUCCAUUCCUGAUUGCCAGCGUCAAUUGCCUGCUGCUCCGGAUGGAAAGGAAAUAAUUGCGGAGAGCAUGUUGUGGUUACUUCUUACCGGUCAGGUUCCGACCCCAGACCAAACUCGUGGACUGUCGAGAGAGCUGGCGGAAAGGGGAGACCUGCCACAACAUGUAGAGAAGCUAAUCGACUCGCUCCCAGCUACUCUACAUCCGAUGACUCAGUUGGGAAUGGGUGUAGCGGCUCUUAAUCAUGACAGCUCCUUCCAACGCGCCUAUGAGAAAGGCAUCAAGAAGUCUGAGUACUGGACUCAUACUCUCGACGACUGCAUAAACCUCGUUGCGCGUCUUCCCGCCUUGGCAGCACGUAUUUACCGAAAUGUCUACAAGCCAGGAACGCCCCUUCCGAAAAUUGACAAGAACCUUGAUCUAGUCGGGAACUACGCCAAGCUACUCGGCCAUGGAGAUAACCAUGACUUAACGGAGUACCUCCGACUUUACAUUGCUAUUCAUGGAGAUCAUGAGGGCGGCAACGCUUCUGCUCACACCGCUCAUCUUGUUGGUUCAACUCUAUCCGACCCCUACCUCUCAUAUGCUGCUGCUUUGUUCGCUCUUGCCGGACCGCUGCAUGGUCUUGCGAACCAGGAAGUACUGAGAUGGCAGCUCCUCAUGCAGAAAGAAGUUGGUGAUAACAUCACGCAUGAUACAAUUAAGGAUUACCUUUGGAAGACUCUCAAGUCUGGACAGGUCGUACCGGGCUAUGGCCAUGGAGUUCUUCGGAGCCCGGACCCCCGUUUUAUUGCUCUUCAAGACUUUUGCGAAUCUCGCCCUGAAUUACUGGAGAGUCCUAUCAUCCAGCUGGUUAAGAAGACGUACGAAGUUGCCCCUGCGGUACUGAAGGAACACGGAAAGACGAAGAACCCGUAUCCCAACGUCGACGCAGCAUCCGGAUGCGUAUUGUACCACUACGGGUUGACGGAGUUCAAGUACUACACUGUGAUCUUUGGCGUUUCGCGAGCUCUGGGAUGUGUAACGCAACUAGUCUGGGCAAGAGCACUGGGAUUGCCUAUCGAGAGGCCAAAGUCCUACUCACUGGAUGCAAUCGAACAAUUAGCAAAAAGUGGAAGUUCUUAG